GAGAGCUGUCCCCUUCGCGGGCAGCUACGGUAAAGCGGCGUGCGAUAUGCGCUAACCGCCCUCACUUUGACUGGCGACUUCAACCUCACCUCGAACCGCCAGAACAAGUUAUUCCCUCCACCAAACCACCGCAGCUGAGUCGCAAUGGCGGUCCAAGGGGUCGAGCAGACGAUCCUUCGGGAUCCAGCUCUAUUCUACUGGAUCUUAUUCCCAAUUUCCAUAGUCAUGAUCUUGACCGGUAUUCUCCGUCACUAUGCCACUGUCUUGAUGAACUCGCCUCCCAAGCCGCCCUCCACGCUGAAAGAAGCUCGCGAGCGUCUUGGUCUCUUUCGCGGCGUGAGCCUACGUACCAACGCCUCUGCAGUUCUUACGCCAGAAUCUUUCGAAGUGCGCAAGAACUAUCUUAUUGCUGCUUAUCAGAGUGGAGCUUUCCUUAAGGACCCUGAAAAUCGCGGACAGCCGCCGGCGAAUCCCAUGACGGAUCCACAAGGCAUGGAGGCCAUGAUGGGGAUGAUGAAGGGAAAUAUGAUGAUGAUGAUUCCUCAAACGCUGAUUAUGAGCUGGAUCAAUGCUUUCUUCUCCGGAUUUGUCAUCUUGAAAUUGCCAUUCCCGCUUACCAUCCGUUUCAAGUCCAUGCUCCAGUCUGGUGUCAUGACCCGCGAUCUCGACGUGAGAUGGGUGUCCAGUCUCUCGUGGUACUUCCUGAAUCUGUUCGGUCUCCAGUCAGUCUUCGGAUUUAUCCUCGGUAGUGACAAUGCUGCCAACCAAAUGGCUGCUCAGAUGGCGGGAAUGAAUCCUGUCGCGGCGAACCCUUUCCAACCCGGCCAGGACCCUGACAAGAUGUAUCGAAAUGAGGCUGAAAAUUUGGAAGUUAUGGAGCACUACUGUAUCCUCGACGGUAUUGAGGAGAGGCUGUUACACAACCUGGAGUAAGGAAAUUAAUACCUAGAUUUAGCAAGUCCUGAUAGAGACCACUACCAGGAGUUAUGUAGUCACUCGGAUGUUAAUAGAGUUUUGGC